AUGUCAGGUCUCCGAAUUCUCGUCCCCGUGAAGAGGGUGAUAGACUACGCAGUACGUAUACCAGCGAAACCGCAUUCGCCAGUGGCCCGGAACCACAUACACACAAAUCUGUACUUCGAUCUACGAGCAGUUACCGGAGCCACUAUAACAAAACCCCCCCAGCCGCCAUUCUCCAAUUCCGCCACGCUUCUAGCCAGACCUCGAGCUAACAGCCCGCCCCACCAGGUCAAACCCCGCGUCAACAAAACCCAAACCGCAAUCGAGACCGCCGGCGUAAAACACAGCAUGAACCCCUUCGACGAGCUCUCCAUCGAAGAAGCGGUACGUCUGCGCGAGCGCUCCAAGACCUCCGGCCCGAAAGUCGACGACAUCGUGGCGUGGAGCGCCGGCCCGCAAAAAGCGCAAGACGUGCUGCGGACCGCCAUGGCCAUGGGCGCGGACCGCGGGAUCCACGUGCUGGUGCCGGACGCGAGCCAGGGCGGGAAGAAAGACGGGGAGAGCGGUGAUGGAGGCGAUUUGGAGCCGCUGGGGGUCGCGAAGUUGCUCGCGAAGACGGUGGAGCAGGAGAAGGUGAAUAUGGUGAUAUUGGGGAAACAGAGUAUCGACGACGACGCGAACCAGACGGGCCAAAUGCUCGCGGGUUUGCUGGGGUGGCCGCAGGCGACGCAAGCCUCCAAGGUGGAGAUGGGGAAGGAUGGGACGGAGUGCACGGUUAUCCGGGAGGUGGAUGGGGGCGUUGAGACGCUGAGGGCGAAGGUUCCCAUUGUGAUCACGACGGAUUUGAGACUUAAUGAGCCGAGGUAUGCGAGUUUGCCGAAUAUCAUGAAGGCGAAGAAGAAGCCGUUGGUUAAGAAGGCGCCGGAGGACUAUGGCGUCGAUGUCAAGAGGAGGUUGAGGACGGUCAAGGUUGUGGAACCACCGCCCAGGAAGGGCGGGCAGAAGGUGGGGAGUGUGGAUGAGAUGAUUGGGAGGCUGAAGGAGCUGGGUGCGAUAUGA